UGCUAACCAUAAUCUUACCAGUUAAAGAUAGAAAACCAUAAAAAAUCCCAUUACAAGCAUCAGUUCGAGACAGCACUUCAGUAAAGAACAUGCAAAAGUAUCCGGAAAUCAUAUUAUUUGUACUGGCUUGCCUGGGAUGCUAUGCAUUCCAUAUGGUGAACGGUCACGUUAUGAGUAAGAGCCAUAUGUCACCGAAUGCAAUCUAUAUAAGAAAAUACAAUCAGAUGAAGGAUAUGGUACAUAAUGAAGUACUCCCCCUGCUAAAAGUGGUCGAAUGUCCAAAAUUGCUGCGUAGAGAAGUAGCAUUGAUUGACCAGAAAAUGCUCUAUGGAAAUUGGUUUAUGACUGCUUUAACACCGCCUUUUGGAGAAAAUCGACACCAAGAUAAGGACAAGUGUGUCAGAAAAAUUUUGCCCCGUAUCGUUGCCCGAUCUGCUACGGAAGAGCAUGUAAUUUCUUCGGAUAAUACCAACUUUAUGGUUAUUUACAGAUGCGAUAAAGAUGACGAUUCAUUUUUAAUGGUCUUUCGAAUCUAUACACGAAAUAAGAGCGCCAAAGCAGGCAACCUUAAAAAGGCUUUGGAAGUCCUAAGGGUCAAUAACAUAUCCGAAAGUGUGGUGAUUCGUGUUAGACCCGAACGGGCAGUCUGUACGAGCUUCUCAGUUAAAUAAUCAAUUAAAAUAUAAUAAAGGAAUAAAGGAAACUGAAAGCAGAGAGCAAUGCUUAGUAAAACCAA